AUGAAGUCCUUCGUCGCGCUUUCCCUCCUCCCUCUCAUCUCUGCCCUCCCAGGCCAUGGUAAGCCCAAGCCAGCUCCUCUAAAGUACCCCGGUCUCGACGUGCUCGCGAAGAAGGCUGGGCUUCUCUACUUCGGUACCGCCAUCGACAACGUCGUCCUCGACAACAAGCAGUACAUCUCCAUCGCGCACAACCGCUCCGAAUUUGGCCAAGUCACCCCUUCCAACGGCCAAAAAUGGAUGUACAUCGAGCCCCAGCGCAACGUGUUCAACUACACUAUGGGCGACGAGAUUGUCAAGCCGGCUAUCAAGGCCGGGCAGAUGCGGAGGUGCCAUACCUUUCUGUGGCAUAACCAGCUUCCCGAGUGGCUGACCAGCCAGAACUGGACGAAGACUGAGCUGGUCGGUAUCCUGGAAAACCAUAUCAAGAACGAGGCAAGACACUACUAUGAUGAGUGCUAUGCCUGGGACGUGGUCAAUGAGGCGUACAAUGAUGAUGGGACGCUGAGGUCGGAUAUCUGGCUUGAUACGAUUGGCAAGGAGUACAUCGAGCUUGCGUUCAAGUUCGCGCGCAAGUAUACAAGCCCGAGGACAAGGCUCUACUACAACGACUACAACAUCGAGACCGUAAACAACAAAUCCACCGCCGUCGCCGCCCUAGUCAAAGACUUCAAGAAGCGCCACAUCCCCAUCGACGGCGUCGGCCUGCAAGCUCACUUCGUCACCGGCAGCGCUCCCUCCUACGACCAGAUCUCCGCCGCCCUAAAAUUGUUCACCAAGCUCGGCGUCGAAACCGCAAUCACGGAGCUCGACGUGCGCACCCAGCUUCCCGACUCCGCGGAGAAGAUGGCCCAGCAGGCGACGGACUACACCAACGCGGUCAAAGCCUGCGUCGAUGGGGAUGAUUGUGUGGGCGUCACGGUGUGGGACUUCUGGGACCCGGUGAGCUGGGUGCCGGAGACGUUCCCGGGGCAGGGCAAUGCGGAUCUUUUGGAUGCGAAUUUCACGAGGAAGCCGGCUUAUUAUAAGGUUUCGGAUAUGCUGGGGAGUUAUGAUUAA